UCUCCCUCUCCUCGAGCCGCGACGGCAGCGGCAAUCCGAGCCACGGCAGCAAGGCGGACGGAAAGCGCGAGCCCGAGCCGAGGCGCCAUCGGGGGCCGCCGAGGUCUCUCUAUCUGCUGGUUUCCACAUUGACACUGGACUCACUGAGAGGGAGCCAGAGUUGUCUUUCGGCCCAGAAGCACCAAUAACAUUCUCUUUGGAUGUCUGGCUUUCCAUGAGGUAAUUUUUGGAGAGGGAAGGUGGUGAGGCCUCAGUCAUGCUGGCCUGAGUGUGUAUAGUUGAAGAGUUCCUUGGGGAAGAGAAGAAAACAACUCUUGCUGGGGAGCAAAAUGGCGGCUUCUGGUCCCUCACCAUACACCUCAAGAACGUGAGGUGACUGGGUGACUGGCAUUAACCUGAGACCACAUCCCGGACACGAAAUGAGCCAGAACGCCAGCUCCCACUUGACCGAUUCACCCCAGCUCUCCAAGUGCAGCCUGCUCAAUAUCCUGGGCAGCCCUCAGCCCGAAAGGAUGAGCCUCCCCGAUUCCCUGCCCGCCACCCCAAAGAGUGGUACCCCUUCGCCCGGUCCCCUGCCACAGCUCCCCUUGCUGAGCGCCGGCUGCCUGGAUGGUGACUGGGAGAGCCGAGAGGAGCUGCGCUUGCGGGAGCUGGAGGAGGCGCGGGCCAGAGCCGCCCAGAUGGAGAAGACGAUGCGCUGGUGGUCGGACUGCACCGCCAACUGGCGGGAGAAGUGGAGCAAGGUGCGCGCUGAGCGCAACAAGGCUCGAGAGGAGGUACGCCAGCUGCGCCAGAAACUGGAGACCCUGACCAAGGAGCUGACCGGCCUGAGGAGGGAGAGGCAGGAGGUGCUGAAUGAGAACGAGCAGCUGGGCAAAGAGGUGGCUCGGCUGAAGGGAGAGGGCAAAGGGGAGAAGGAGAAGGAGCUGGACAACCGAGUCGUGUCCGAGAAGGAGAGUGAGGCCUCCCCGGAGCAGGAGCCCGUGCGGGAUGUGGGCUCUGAGAGGCUGCCAAAAAACAAGUCACUGCAGGAGUUUGAGCUGAUGGAGAACCUCCUGAAGAGCAAGCAAGAAGGGCAGGAAUGCUGGGACCAGCGGAGCACGGUCAGUGUCCGCUCAUCUUUCGCCCGGCAGGAGAGGAGCCGGCUGCUCUGGGAGGACGUCUCCGUCAUCGAGGAGGACGCCACCAAGAUCACGGCCCUGAAGCUGAGGCUGGACGAAUCCCAGAAAGUGCUGCUCAAGGAGCGGGAGGACAAGCUGUCCCUCAGCAAGAACAUCGAGAAGCUGGAAGGGGAGCUGAGCCAGUGGAAGGUCAAGUACGAGGAGCUGAACAAGAACAAGCAGGAGGUGUUGAAGCAGCUGAACAUUCUCAAGGAGAUCCAUCAAGACGAGUUGGGGCGCAUCUCUGAAGAUCUGGAAGAUGAACUGGGGGCUCGAUCAAGUAUGGACAAGAAAUUAGCUGAGUUGCGAUCAGAGAUGGAGCGGCUCCAGGCCGAGAACGCGGCGGAAUGGGGCAAGCGCGAGCGCCUGGAGACAGAGAAGCUUAACCUGGAGCGAGAGAACAAGAAGCUGCGGGCACAGGUCGAGGAUGUGGAGGAGGUUCUGGCCCGGAAGAGGAGGCAGACGGUCAGCGCCCUCGACACCGAUUUCAAGACCAUCCAAGCGGAGCUGUUUGAGAAGAACAAGGAACUGGCCGACCUGAAGCAUGUCCAUACCAAGCUGAAGAAGCAGUGCCAGGAGAAGAUGGCCGAGCUGGCCCACGCAAACCGCCGGGUGGAGCAGCACGAGGGCGAGGUGAAGAAGCUGCGCCUGCGAGUCGAGGAGCUCAAGAAGGAGCUGGCCCAAGCGGAGGACGAGCUUGACGAGGCCCACAACCAGGCACGGAAAUUGCAGAGGUCGCUUGAUGAGCAAACAGAGCAAAGUGAGAACCUCCAAGUUCAGCUGGAGCACCUGCAAUCCAGGCUUCGCCGUCAGCAGAACCUCCCCCUUUUUGGGAAGAUUCGCAGUUCACGCUUUGGCCCUGACAACCCCGGCGAUGGCAACAGCGACCUGGAUGAAGAUGAAGACCUGCAGAUCCAAGUUCCUUAGCAGCUGCCGCUGGAGAGACACUCCAGGCUGUGACAGAGACACCAGACGCUGGUGGAGUGGGCAUGGCCUGUGGGCUUAGGACAAGUGACUUGAGUGGCAGAACGGUGUUUGGCCUCUUCUUUUGCCAACCCCAGGGAGAACGAACGCGAAGCUGUGCGGAAGACUUUGGGAAAGGGGAAGCUGGGCCUCCAUGUUCUGGUCUCUACAGCAAGGAGGUUUGGUGACUAGGAUGGGGGCUAAAUAGAGGCCCUGGGGAGAUUUCAUGGAGGGAGUUGCUAAACUUUAUGGAAGGCUCCCUUUCUCUACAGCUCCAGUCCAGAAAUCAUCGCUGAUACUGUUUUUUUAAAAAAAAAACAAGAAUUAUCUAGACCUGAGGGAUAGCUCAGUCAGUAGAGCAUGGGAAUCUUAAUCUCAGGGUCAUGGGUUCCAGCCCCACAUUGGGCAAAAGAAUCCUUCAUUGCGGAGGAUUGGACUAGAUUUUUGUUCAAACCCUUCCAUUGCUCUGUCCUUAAUUCCUGUCCAGCUAUGCCACUCCACAGCUGACCGACACGGUUUCCGCAAACACAACACUCCUCUGGAGGUCAACCACAAUACCUCCAGAUAGAUGGAGAUGAUGAGUGAUACAGAGGGGGGAAUCAACACAUUGGAGAUGGGAACCUCAUUGUUGAAAUCCCUAAGGUCCAACCGCCAAAGUGGUUCUUCCAUGUCUCAGGAGUUGAACUGAUGAUUGGAUAAAAGAUCUAGUGAGAAGAUGAUGGAAGAGACCGAUGGUAUAGGGAGACACCCCCCUGAGGAUGCAUCUCGUCCUCUCAGACUGCCCAGUAUAUGUGUGUGUGUUUAUGUAUUUGUAUAUGAUUUGUAUUAUAAAACUUGAGAUAGCCAUGGAA